GAAUGCGGAGCCGCUGAGCGCGUCGGCGGCCAUUUUGUGAAGCAGCGGAGAAGGUGGUGUCUGCUGUGGGCUCCGGGAAGACGUUCGGGCUGGGGCUGUCGGCCGCGGGGCGGAGGCACUCGCGCGGGGGGUAAUUCAGGUCUGGGCUCGGGUGCCGAGCCACUGUCCCCGAUAAGAGUGAGAGACAGGAGAGACACUUCUGCACUACUCCACCAUCCAUGGAGCUUCCCCGAAGCUGUCCAUAAUGCUCCCAUGUAGUGCUAGGACUCAAACCUAGGUCCUUGCAUAUGUCUAAAAGUUGGUUUUAAUUGGUUGCCCACAGGAUUGACUUGACCUCUCCUUGUUAAGAAAAUACAACUCUUGUUUUUUCAGGUGUGUGUUGUUUCAGCGCAGCAUGGCUGUGGUCAUCCGUUUGCAAGGUCUCCCAAUUGUGGCGGGGACCAUGGACAUUCGCCACUUCUUCUCUGGAUUGACCAUCCCUGAUGGGGGCGUACAUAUUGUAGGGGGUGAACUGGGUGAGGCUUUCAUCGUUUUUGCCACUGAUGAAGAUGCAAGGCUUGGUAUGAUGCGCACAGGUGGUACAAUUAAAGGGUCAAAAGUAACACUAUUGUUGAGUAGUAAAACAGAAAUGCAGAAUAUGAUUGAAUUGAGUCGUAGGCGUUUUGAAACUGCCAACUUAGAUGUACCGCCAGCAAAUGCUAGUAGGUCAGGACCACCACCUAGCUCAGGAAUCAGUGGCAGGGUCAACUUGCCUACAACGGUACCCAACUUUAAUAAUCCUUCACCCAGUGUAGUUACUGCCACUACUUCUGUUCAUGAAAGCAACAAAAAUGUACAGACAUUUUCCACAGCCAGUAUAGGAACGGCUCCUCCAAAUAUGGGGUCUUCCUUUGGGAGCCCAACAUUUAGCUCAACCAUCCCAAGCACAGCCUCUCCAAUGAACACAGUCCCACCGCCACCAAUUCCUCCAAUUCCAGCAAUACCAUCUUUGCCACCAAUGCCAUCUAUUCCCCCAAUACCAGUUCCUCCUCCAGUACCUACAUUGCCUCCUGUGCCUCCUGUGCCCCCAAUUCCCCAAGUACCUUCUGUGCCACCCAUGACCCCACUGCCACCCAUGUCAGGAAUGCCACCUUUGAACCCUCCACCUGUGGCACCUUUACCUGCUGGAAUGAAUGGAUCUGGAGCACCUAUGAAUCUGAACAAUAAUCUGAACCCUGUGUUUCUGGGUCCACUGAAUCCUGUUAACCCUAUCCAGAUGAACUCUCAAAGCGGCGUGAAAACACUUCCCAUCAACCCUGAUGAUCUAUAUGUUAGUGUACAUGGAAUGCCCUUUUCUGCAAUGGAAAAUGAUGUCAGAGAAUUUUUCCAUGGGCUCCAUGUUGAUGCAGUGCAUCUGUUGAAAGACCAUGUAGGUCGAAAUAAUGGGAAUGGAUUGGUUAAGUUUCUUUCUCCUCAAGAUACUUUUGAAGCUUUGAAACGAAACAGAAUGCUGAUGAUUCAACGCUAUGUGGAAGUCAGUCCUGCUACAGAGAGACAGUGGGUAGCUGCUGGAGGCCAUAUUACUUUUAAACAAAGUAUGGGACCUUCUGGACAAACUCAUCCCCCUCAGACACUUCCUAGGUCAAAAUCACCCAGUGGGCAGAAAAGGUCAAGAUCAAGAUCACCACAUGAAGCUGGUUUUUGUGUUUACUUGAAAGGGCUACCAUUUGAAGCAGAAAAUAAACAUGUCAUUGAUUUUUUUAAAAAGUUGGAUAUUGUGGAAGAUAGUAUUUACAUUGCUUAUGGACCUAAUGGAAAAGCAACUGGUGAAGGCUUUGUAGAGUUUAGGAAUGAGACUGACUAUAAAGCUGCUCUUUGUCGUCAUAAACAGUACAUGGGCAAUCGCUUUAUUCAAGUUCAUCCAAUUACUAAGAAAGGCAUGCUAGAAAAGAUAGAUAUGAUUCGGAAAAGACUGCAGAAUUUCAACUUUGACCAGAGGGAAAUGAUGUUAAAUCCUGAGGGGGAUGUCAACUCUGCCAAAGUUUGUGCCCAUAUAACGAAUAUUCCAUUCAGCAUUACCAAGAUGGAUGUUCUUCAGUUCCUAGAAGGAAUCCCAGUGGAUGAAAAUGCUGUACAUGUUCUUGUUGAUAACAGUGGGCAAGGUCUAGGACAGGCAUUGGUUCAGUUUAAAAAUGAAGAUGAUGCACGUAAGUCUGAACGCUUACACCGUAAAAAGCUUAAUGGGAGAGAAGCUUUUGUUCAUAUAGUUACUCUAGAAGAUAUGAGAGAGAUUGAGAAAAAUCCCCCUGCCCAAGGAAAAAAGGGAUUAAAGAUGCCUAUGCCAGGUAAUCCUUCAGUUCCUGGAAUGCCUGGUGCAGGAAUACCCAGUGCAGGAAUACCCAGUGCAGGAAUACCCAGUGCAGGAAUACCCAAUGCUGGAAUUCCAGGUGCUGGAAUCCCAGGUGCUGGAAUGCCUGGCCCCGGAAUGCCUGGCGCUGGAAUGCCUGGCGCUGGAAUGCCUGGCCCCGGAAUGCCUGGUGCUGGAAUGCCCGGUGCGGGAAUGCCCGGUGCGGGAAUCCCUGGUGCUGGGAUGCCUGGUGCUGGGAUGCCUGGUGCAGGGAUGCCUGGUGCAGGAGGUGAAGAGCAUGCCUUCCUGACUGUAGGAUCUAAGGAGGCCAACAAUGGGCCUCCAUUUAACUUUCCUGGUAAUUUUGGUGGGUCAAAUGCCUUUGGACCACCACUCCCACCUCCAGGAUUAGGAGGGGCCUUUGGUGAUGUUAGGCCUGGUAUGCCUUCAGUUGGAAAUAGUGGUUUGCCUGGUCUAGGACUGGAUGUUCCAGGUUUUGGAGGUGGACCAAAUAAUUUAGGUGGGCCAGGAUUUGGAGGGGGCCCUCAGAAUUUUGGAAAUGGCCCUGGUAGUUUAGGUGGCCCUCCUGGCUUUGGAAGUGGCCCUCCUGGUCUUGGAGUUGCUCCUGGGCAUUUGAGUGGACCACCAGCUUUUGGGCCUGGGCCUGGGCCUGGGCCAAUCCACAUUGGUGGUCCCCCUGGCUUUGGAUCUAGUUCUGGAAAACCAGGACCAACAAUAAUUAAAGUGCAGAACAUGCCCUUCACUGUGUCUAUUGAUGAGAUUUUAGAUUUUUUUUAUGGUUAUCAAGUGAUCCCAGGCUCAGUUUGUUUGAAAUAUAAUGAGAAAGGUAUGCCCACAGGUGAAGCUAUGGUGGCCUUUGAAUCUCGGGAUGAAGCCACAGCUGCUGUCAUUGAUUUAAAUGAUAGACCUAUUGGUUCAAGGAAAGUAAAACUUGUAUUAGGAUAGCUGUUCACCUCAAUUCUUCUUAGAGUAGAUCUUCAUAGUGGUGUGAUUAAUGCAUCCAGAUUGUUUUCUAGUAUUUUCAGGUUAGAAACUGUGGGUUGUUUCAAUUGCAUAUAGAUUGGUUUUCAUAACACAGGGCAUUGGUUGACUGUUUACAGAAGACUCAAUACCAGAGUAAACAUUGCUAUAUGUUUAGUAAAGCUAUCUGGAAAGAACACAAAAAUGAUUUUGGCAUACUAUUAGAGAAACUAUUUGUAAAAUUCAAAUGACCACAUAAAACUUAUCAAGGAGUUUAGAUUGGUUUUAUUUUAUACCAUAUGGGAUGAAGAAAAUAGAAAUGUUAGUAGAGCUCAUUAAGGUUGCUCUUGCCAGCUUGCUAAAAAAGUAGAAAUUGGUUACUAUUGGAAUUUGAUUUAAAGCUGGACAGAUUUGUUUUGUUACAGGGUGAAAGCUUUGUCUAAAGUCAUCAUUUUCUUUUAAAAUUAAAUAAAAUCUCUGUAUACAGAUCCACUGUAUGUACUUUUAUUGCUUCUUGAGGGUUCUCGCUGUAUAGACAGUUCUCUUUUGACGUUGCCUUGUUUGCUUGACUCAUCUGUAAACGAGCAGACUUUUUUUUUAUAUAAAACUCCACACUUGAUUUGUGCUAUAUGAGUUUGAUUUCUAAUGUCACACUUAAAACUGUGUGAAAAAACUUUUGCCACAAAAAUAAAAUACGUAGUCAUCUACCUACCAGAGCCUUUUUGGUUUCACCGCCAAGUUUUAGUUUAGUCAGUUAAAAUUGUUGGUGGUUGUUUGGAUGGCAUCAAAAACCAAAACAACUUUUUAAAGUAUUGCUUAAGAUGCUUAAAUUUGAAGUCCUUUCUUGGUGGACCAAUGUCCCAAGUUUAUGUGAAGAAUUGGCCUGUAACUUAACAAAGAGUUUAUUCAUAAGAAGUAGCAUUAUUAUAUCUUGUUCUUUAAAAUUGAAGUUAAAAUUAUUGCUUUGUUAGCAGUAGUGUUAGAGAAUAAAAGAUCCGUAAACUGCUUUGUAGAUAUGCAUUUAAUCCUGUUACUUGGCGGCUUUUUGGCCUAGUUGUUUGAGCAGGAAUCUAUUUAUAAAAUCUUCAUGUAGACUAAGUUCAGCUGGUAGAUGGGAAAGAAUUUGAACUUCUUGCCUUUUUACCCUCUUUUCUUUGGUAAUUGGGACAUUAAGGCAGGAGGACCACAUAGGUUCUGGUUGGUAAGUGUUCUUGUCCUUGUCAUGAAAACAUUUGCCAUUCAACAUCCUGCUCACUGCCAUAAAAGGCUCUAUUGACAAUUGCUUUCCUUCUUGGUUAAAAUGCUCUGAAGAUGUGCUACAUUGUAUUAUAAAUAUACAGAAAGGGGGAUUGAUUCAUUAUCAUGAAAAACAAAUUUACUUUUUUAUGUGGGCUUGUAUCUUGAUUUGAAACAUACCCAACAUUUCCUACAAAUCAGUUAGCCUUCUAAAAGAAAUGCUAUUUUAAAAAUAGUGCCUUUUGGGUGUUGGAAGUUAGUGGAACACUGAAAUACAGCUUGAUGUAAUUUAGAGUUAAGAGUGGCAACAGUUAUAUUUGUGUGAUAAGAUUUGGAAAACCUCUUCAUCACUACAACCUUAGGGGAUUAACAGUACAGUUUUUUUUUUUAAAGAAAAAAUUUAAUUGUUCAGACUUUCACACAAGUUAUGGCUAUGUUGUGGGCCUUUGGGUAAUUGAAAAAGAUAUAUUUGCUUUGACAUAUCAGUUGAUACUGCUUCCUCAACUAAAAAAGCAAUAUGUUGUUUGUAUAUAUUGUUCAAUAUAAGUUUUCUGUUAAGUAAUCCUUUCAUUCCAAAGACAAAGUGUAAAAAAAAUUCAGUGCUGCUUUCAGCUGCAGAUUAUUUGCCCCAUUGGAAAGCUGACUGUUUUCAUUUUAGAAUGAAAUGGGUUGUUUAAAAACGAGCCUCUAUCUUUUUCCACAAUUUAUUUUGGUUAUAUGUUCUUGCAUUCUUAUUAAAGAUUUUAUAUACUUUGUUAUUUCUACAUAAUAGGAAAAUGCGGAAAAGGAAAACUUGAUCCCACUGUUCAUUGAAUUAAAUAAAUUAAGGUGGUUUGUGUAGAAAUUGGAGAGAACUGUUUCAUAUUUGGUUUAAUCACAACAGUGCUUUCCAUGUUGUGAAAUGUAAUUAAAUGUUUUGCCCUCUGGAACUUGA